GGAUAUUCGAUUAUCAUUCAGAAACAUUUCUUCUCAUGGUGUAUGGUCUUCUCCAAGAACUCAAAAGGGUCUUAAACCUUGCUGUUCACGAAAAGAUUCUCAGCAAAAUGGUGAUUCCAACACCAAUUCAGAUUUGCAGGCUGAUCCUUCUUCUCAUAAACAAUUUACUUGGAUGCAAGGCCAAUUGAGAAGGAAAGGUAAACUGGUAAUUGGUAAGGUACAGAAUUUGAGGACUGAUAUCAUUACUCUUUGGCAUUCUGGAAUUCAUGGAGGUCAUUCAGGGUUAGAAGUUACUCUCAAGAGGUUGUUGACACUGUUUUAUUGGAAGAACAUGAGAACUGAGGUGAAGGAGUUCAUCCAAAAAUGUGAUGUAUGCUAGAAAAAUAAGUCAGAUCUUGCUGCUUACCCUGAUCUAUUACAACCCCUGCCUAUCCCUGAAGUUGUAUGGUCUCAAAUUAGCAUGGACUUCAUUGAUAGUCUGCCUAAAUCUCAUGGUUAUGAGGUCAUAUUAGUAGUGGUUGACAGAUUGAGCAAGUAUGGCCACUUCCUUCCCCUAAAACAUCCUUAUAUAGCUCAAUCAGUAGCUCAGGUGUUUCUUGACGAUAUUGUGAAAUUGCAUGGUUUUCCUGACGAUAUUGUGAAAUUGCAUGGUUUUCCUGAUGCCAUUACAAGUGAUAGAGAUGUUGUAUUUCUUAGCUUUUUUUGGCAAGAGCUCCUUAGUCUUCGGGGUGUGCUAUUGCAUAUUUCCACAGCCUACCACCCUCAAUCCGAUGGACAAACUGAGGUGCUUAACAGAUGUCUUGAGACCUACUUAAGAUGCUACUGUAGUGAUGAUGCUUCUAAUUGGUUUGCCUGCUUACCUAUGGCCGAGUAUUGGUACAAUACUUGUUUUCAUUUUGCUAUCCAGAAUACUCCUUAUGAGGCUUUAUACGGGCGACCUCCUCCUCUACAUCUUCCUUAUAUACCAGGGGAAUCGACUUCUACUGAGGUGGACACUACAUUACUUAAUAGAGAGCUUAAGUUGCAGCUCUUGAAGCACCAUUUACUCAGGGCUCAAUUAAGAAUGAAGCAACAGGCGGAUUCGCAUAGAAGCGAUACACAUUUUAAAUUUGGUGACUGGGGCUAUUUUAAAGUCCAACCAUAUAAGCAGGUUACUAUCUCUAGUCACUCUACUCAUAAGCUGUCUGCUAAGUAUUAUGGCCCCUUUCAAAUCAUCAAGAAGGUUGGACCUGUGGCCUACACUCUCUUGUUGCCUAGUUCUGUCAAAAUCCAUCCUACAGUGCAUGUGUCCUUGUUGAAAAGAUGUUAUGAAGUUCCUUCUACUAUCACUUGUCCUCCUACAGUGGAUUUGGCUAAUCCAAAUUGUCCUCAUCCUGAGUCUGCUUUGCAAAGAAGAAUGGUCAAGAAGGGCAAUAAGGCUGUUGCGCAGGUGUUAGUAAAGUGGCUUGAUAUUCCUACUAAUGCAGCCACCUGGUAAUUUGUUGAUGUGUUGAAAGCUUGUUUUCCAUCUUUUGAUUCUUGAGGAUAAGGAUCUUGUAUAAGGGGGCAGUACUGAUAUCAUAAAUAGAAUGCAAGUUAGAAUUCAAAAGUUAGUUAAGUACAGUGUGCUGCAGAACAAUUAGUUGAGUUUGUUAGCUGUAACUGUUUAGUUAGUUAGCAUAGCUGAUCAACUUGUAUUUUCUAUUAAUAGGGCAUGUAAUCAUUCAGUUACAAUCAUGAUAUGAAAUAAAAACAAUUCCUUCUCUCUUAAUUCUCUCUCUCUCUGUUUUUUCGUUCUUCUGAGAUUGUAUCCUCGAGUUAAUUCUUGGGCAAUCAACUCGAUCCUCGAAUCCUUGUGAUUCCUGUAAUCGAGUAACAAUCACCAUGGCAAGGAAUUUUAUACUUGCCAGUCUCGAGUAGACCUCUACAAACUCAGAAGGAAGAACCUUCUUUUGAUUUACCCGCUUCACUAUAAUACUAAGUUGUACAGGAUAUUCACUUUCGAUGCUGCACCUAUGUCGGAUUCUUCAAAAAUACACUACUUUUGGCAAAUCUGACACACACUCGUUGACAUUUUUGAUGAGUCCGAGCAACAAGGCUAUAAUAUCACUUGUACUCUAUUUCCUCAAAGUCUGUUCUUCUUCCUGCACUUUCUGUAACUUGCUUGGAUACAAUGAGGGAGAGACCCUCUAUCUAUGCACAAAGAGAUGUGGCCUCCAAGUAGCAAAAGUAGAAAGAGCGAAAAAGAGCUAGAAAUUCUCUCUCACUCCUUUUUCUUUUCAUUUAAGAUUUCACAACCACCACUAUUUGCUUGCUACCAAAGUAUUUGUAAACGGGCGCAUGUCUAUUUACUUUUCUGGAGUGGGGGAUUGGCUCCACAAAUCUCCUUUUUCAAAUCUGUUCACUCAAGGAAGGUAAUAUCAAAAUUCUAGUUUGAGUGUAUGUUGUCAAGUGAUAUAGCGGGUGAUCUUGAUCCUAGAAAAUUUGCUACUGAUAUAUGUUUACUUUUUCCAUGGAAGUCAUAUCAUAAUAGCCAAAGCUGCUGAAGUGUGUCACACUCUCUACAACUAAACCGGAGUAUAUUUGCUGCUACGGACGCUGACGAAGAAAUGAUAUGGGUAAAACGGUUUCUUCAAGAAAUUGCCUUGUCUCAAGAGGAGCAUGCGUCUAUUAUGAUAGUUAGGGACAAUAGACUUUGAGCAAGAAUUCUACGUACCACACAAGAAUGAACUUUAUGGAUGUAGAUGUCACUAAAUUUCUGAGAGUGGAGAAUAAAUGUCUGCAGGCGCAGAAGAUUUCCACGAGUGAAAAUCCUUAUGAUAUGCUGUCUUAAGAUGGUAGCAAGAGACAAGUUCGAAUUGUGUAAAAAACUUGUUGCUCAAACUAGAAGUUUGGGAUUAUCUUUUUCCAGGUGAAUGGGUCUGAAGGGCGAGAUUUUGGGAUCCAUUUCAUUCUAGAAAAGCGAAUAGGCGUGAGCCUAUUUACAAAAUAUUUUGGCAGCAGGUAAAAUUAUUUGUGGCAAAUCUUGAAAAGGCAGCAAAAGGCAUGAAGGAGAACUUUUAGAAAAGUUUUACUUUUUUCUUUUUGUGCUUCGGGCCAAGCAUAGAUUCUGUAUAAAUAUAGGAUAUCUUCCUCAUUUGUGUAUCCAAGCAAGUUGCAGACUGUGUCAGAAGAAAAAUACGACGGUAGAGAGUGGGCGAAAUUAUAGUGAGGCGUGAAAAUCAAACUCAGUUUCUUUCUUGGAGGGUAUACUGGUCCCUUGAGUUUUUACUUGAGACUACUAAGUUCAAAUUUCCUUACUAUUAGUGAUAUUAAGUUGUUUCAUUCCAGGUUGUGUUUUUUCUUUUGAUUUCCGUAUCUUGGUGUCUAUCAUUAUUCGUAUUAUUUGCCGUGAAUAGUCUUUGUGUGCUAAUUUUCCCAACAAAUGAUGCUCAUGAAAACUGAUCACAAAGUUUAGGAGUAGAGAGAGAGAGAGAGCGGGUGAAGUGAAAAUGGAGUUUGUUCCUUUUUCAUCCCCGUUUAGCUGCCCCUGCUUCUGACUAUCUUUUAUAUUUUAGGCAGUACACUAUAGUUAAGUUUUAGAGGUAAUAGUCAGCAACAGGUUUAGUGUUGAGGAUCAACAAUGAUGAUCCAUGGAGCAGAGUUUAGCUCAGAGAAGAAGAGAAGAAGAAGAAGAAUGAAUAUGAACCCACUUUAUUUUAUCACUAUGAUCCAACCUUCACACACUAUUUACACCUCUAUUUAUAGAGGGACCUAUCAUUCAAGCUAACUGACUCAUCUAAUUAAGUUACCUAACUAACCAACUAGACUACACGUGCCUUGCACUGUACAUUGUAACAAACUUGCACCAACAACUCUGUAACUUACUUGUGUAACUAACUCUUUCACUAAUAGUGUUGAACACCCCUCCUCAAGCUGAUGAGUGAAACAGAUCCUUCACUCCCAGCUUGGAUAAAAGAUGAGUAUGUUGAGUCUUGCCUAGGCUGUUAGUAAACAAGUCAGCUAGUUGUUCCUUAGUUGAUACAUGAUGAGUUUGAAUCAUUUUUUGCACCAGUUUCUCCCUGACAAAGUGACAAUCAAUGUCAAAGUGUUUUGUCCUCUCGUGAAAGAUGGGGUUGGCAGCAAUUUGUAGUGCAGCUUUGCUGUCACACAGCAAGUUUACUGGUUGAUGAAUCUUAACACCCAACUCCUUGUACAGGCCUAUAAGCCAAGUAAUUUCAGCCACAGUUGAUGCCAUACUUCUGAAUUCUGCUUUCAGCUGAGCUCCUAGCUACUGUCCCUUGUUUCUUUGACUUCCAAGACACCAAGGCAGCCCCAAAUUUAACCAAGUACCUAGUCACAGACCUUCUAGUUUGUAGACAAGUUCCCCCUGAGUCACAGAAUGCUGUCAAAGUAUCUGAUCCUUGAGAUGGCAUGAACAAGCCAAGACCUGGUGAAGUCUUAACAUAUUUCACUACUCUGAUAGCAGCUUCCAUAUGACUCUUUUGGUGUAUGCAUAAACUGGCUCAAAACUUGUACAACAAAUGAGAUGUCCACUCUUGUCAUUGUCAAAUACAACAACCUUCCAACUAGCCUUUGAUAUUUACCAAUGUCUUUCAGUGGACAGUCCACUGGAUCUUCCCCUGAGUUGUUUACAUGUGAGUCAUAGUCAAUUGAGGUCAAUCUUAAACUUGGAUUAAGUGGUGCAUACACUGGCUUAGCUCCACUCAGUCGUAGCUCAGAAAUGAGUUCUAAAGCAUAUUUUCUUUGGCUCAUGACAAUCCCCUCCUUGGUUCUGGCAAAUUCAAUGCCAAGAAAGAUUUUUAAAAGGCCUAAGUGUUUCAUCUUGAACUUAAGCUUGAGAUCACUUCUGGUUUGAUCAAUCAGUCUGCUACAGCUGCCAAUUAUCAACAGAUCAUCAACAUAGACUAGAACUACGACUAGAUCCUUCCAUGCUGUCUUUGUAUAUAGAGAGUAGUCAUAAUGACUUUGUACAAACCCAAGCUGAAUAAGAGCUUCUGUUAGUUUAAAGUUCCAUUGCCUUGGGGCUUGCUUAAGCCCAUACAGAGAUUUUUGCAGUUUGCAGACCUUACCAACCUCCCCUUGUUUGCAAAAAACAGGAGGAAGAACCAUAUACACAUCUUCAAUGAGGUCACCAUGCAGAAAGGCAUUGUGAACACCCAUCUGAAUCACUGGCUAGUGUUUAACUGCAGCAACAGCAACAACUGAUCUCAUUGUGACCAUUUUAGCCACUGGUGAGAAGGUGUCUGAGUCGUCUAGUCCCUCUUUCUGAUUAAAUCCUUUGGCAACAAGUCGUGCCUUGUAUCUUUCAACAGCACCAGAUGCUAGAUACUUAACCUUGAACACACAUUUACAACCAAUGGGAAGUUUACCCGAGGGUAGAUCAACUAUAGUCCAAGUAUUAUUAGCCUUAAGUGCAGCCAUUUCAGAAUUCAUAGCUUCAAUCCACUUGGGAUCCAUGGAAGCUUCAGCAAAAGAAGCAGGUUCAUGUACCGAAGAGUAGGCUGUUAGAGCAAGCACAGUAAGAAGGAGUGAGUGCAGCAUAGCUCUUAUGGUCAGAUAUGGGAUAUAGACAAGCAGAGUUAGCUUAGGCCAAAUAGGAGGUUUAGUCUGUCUUGUGGAAGCCCUUCUAGUUGAAGGGGAAGGAGGCAGAGCAGCAGAUUCAGUAAUAACAGUGUAGGAAGAGGAACAUAUUGAACUAAGCUGAGGGUUGAACCUGGAGCAGCAAGAUAGUAGUGGCAGAAGUGGAGGGUGCAGGGAUCAGCAAGGGCACUGACUGAGCCUCAGUAGUAUCAUGGAACAAAGGAGGAGGGAAGAUUUGUGAGGAAGAGCUCAGUUUUUGAAAGGGAAACACAUUUUCCUUGAACACUACAUCUCUGCUGAUUAAGAACUCCCUGGUGUGUAAGGCCAUAAGUUUGUACCCUUUUUGGAGGUGUGAGUAACCAAGAAAUAUUGCAGGAAUGGCCCUUGAUGCAAAUUUAUCCACUCUCUUUACUUCAGUAGCAUAAGCCAGACAACUAAAAACUCUAAGAUGUUCAAGAGAAGGUGCAGACUGAUACAGAUAUUCAAAUGGAGUCUUACCCUUAAGGGCAGUAAAGGGCAAUCUAUUGAUGAGAUACACACUGGUAAGAACACAUUCUCCCCCAAACUUCAGAGGUACAUGAGACUGGAAUCUAAGAGACCUGGCUGUGUCUAGAAUAUGUCUAUGCUUCCUCUCUACAACACCAUUCCGUUGAGGUGUAUAAACACAAGAGCUUUGAUAUGAAAUACCAAGUGAUAGAAGUAAGGUAGUCAUUUCAGUGUUGAAGAACUCACAACCAUUGUCAGACCUUAGACAUUUAAUAGAAGUAUCAAACACAUUUUUUAUCAUGAUAAGAAAGUUUUUGAGAGCCACUAUGUCUAUAUUAAAAAAUACCUUUUACCAUCAUGUGUAGGUACCCUAUAGGGACCCUAGACAUCAGCAUGUAACAAGUGAAAACAAGCAGAUGAAGUGGUGGUACUCAAAGGAAAAGGUUUCCUUGAUUGUUUAGCCAAAGGACAUACAGUGCACAGGUCCAUAGCAGGACCAUCAAACUUAGCAGAAAUACAUUUGAAACAAUUGAGUUUUCUUAGAGUGGUAAGAGGAGCAUGACCUAGUCUAUUGUGCCAGAGAGCUAAGUUUCUUUGACUAGUAGAGGCUGCAGAAGCAGUAAUAGCAGCAUUAUUAGAGGUUGUAUGUACAUGCACAUCAUAGGACUGAUUCCUCAGUAAGCAAUCAACAUUCACUACAUAGAGAUCAUUCUCAAGUUUGCCAAUCCCCUUGACUUUCCCACUGAAGAUGUCCUGAAAGACAUAGAAAUGAGGAUAAAAAAUAACACAGCAGUUCAACUUUUUUGUCAGUUUUGGAACAGACAAGAGGUUGAAUUUAAACUCAGGCACAUGCAGGACAUCUGUGAUCUCAAGACCUCCAAGAAUGUGUGAACUUCCUAUAUGGCUAACUUGAGCAUUAACACCAGUAGGUAAGUGAACCAGACCUUCUUGUGAUGCACAGGGUAUGUGUGAAUUAUGCAGGAAGUUAAGUGUGCUAACCAUGUGUUUAGAUGCUCCAGAGUCAAGAAUCCACUUAUCAUUAGUUGUGGAGCAGUUAAGACACUUAACCAUACCUGCCGAAGUCACAGUAGUUCCAUUAUCACGCUGCUCCUUAUCUUUGUCCAUCAUUUGAAGCAACUGCUGGUACUGCUCAGGAGAGAACUGAGGUAGUUGCUGCUGAGGUACAUAUGAGUAUGGAGGCAUACUAUACUGUUGAGGCUGCAUAUACAGGUUAGGCUGCAGAUUAGUCAUAAGAGCAUGAGAAUUUUUGUAAGAGUUGUUGGAAGAAAAAUGUCCAGAUCCUGGUUUAUGCAUGAACUGUGUGGGUCUAGGAGUGGUAUUGUUGGAUUGAACAUUUUGAUGUUGACCUCUACCAAGACUACCUGUUCCUGAGGUUGAGCCAGUGAGUGUUUUCUUCUUCCCUUUCCAAUCAGAGGGAUAACCACGUAGAGCAUAACAUGUGUCACUGGUGUGACCACCUCUAUUGCAGUAGUCACAAUGCAGAUGACUUGUUCUCUUAGGUUUAAAACUUGCAUUUUCUUGAGUGAAAUUCCCUAAAGAACACCAGGGCAUCAGUUGCAUCACGGGAUUUAGUAGAUCCUCCAGCUCCUAGAGUAGAUUUUCCUAGCAGUCUCUGACUCUUCUCAGCCAUCACAAGGGAAUAAGCUUUAUUCACACUAGGAGGAUCAAGCAUCAUAAUUUGACUCCUACAUUGGUUGUACGACUCAUUCAGCCCCAGAAGAAAUUGCAUCCGUCUCUGAUAGUGAAAGUGUGCAGCAUAUGUUUUAGACUCCUCACAAGUACAUCCAGGGCAUGGCAUAAGUGUAUCAUAUUCCAACCACAACUCCUUUAAACGAGAGAAAUACAUUGACACAGACAUGACACCUUGAUUUAGUGUAGUGAUUUCGUUAUGUAGAUAGAAGAUCCUGGAUCCAUCAACCUUGUCAACAGGAGAGGACCCACGUGGUAUCCAGGGGGUUCACCCGAACCCCCUCGGCAAAAAAUUACGUUGUAUAUAUAACAUAGAAAAUCUAUAUUUAUGUAUAUAUAUUAAUUUUGAACCACCUGAAAACAAGGUUGUUGGAUAGCCCAGUUGUUCUAUGUCCGCUUAUUGAGUCUCUCCUUCAGCCCUCGGUUGUGGGUUCAAUUCCCACUACCAGCGAAGGCUUCUUUUUCUAAAAUCUGUUUUGCACAGCUGCUAUAGUAGCUGUCCUGUACAACUAUAAUAAAAAAAAGGACGCAUGUACAACUGCUAUACCUUGAAAUUAUAUUUUAUUGACGUAUUCACACAUUUAUAUUUUUACUUUUUGGAACCCCCUGAAAUAAAUUCCUGGAUCUGCCACUGCUUGUCAAACCUCUCCUUCAAGUCAUUCCAUACUUGUUGAGCAUUACUCGCAUAUACCAUACGACUUAGUAACUCCCUACUAACUGAGAUCAUGAUCCAGGAGAGUACUAUAGCAUUGCACUUUUCCCUUUACCUAACAAUCCUAUCUUCAUUGACCUACUCCAUAACGCGUAAUUCUCAGAGCCUGUUAAGUGAAUGGAGACUAGAGAGCUACGUGGAGUGUCACCAGCAUGAAGAUGCAGAGGAUGAUUGGCAUCGAUAACUGUUUGUCCCCCACCUGAGCUAGCUGUAUUGCUCAUGUGUGGAUCUCCAGCUGUUGCCAUUGUUGUGUAUUCGAGAAAUUUUCCCACUCUAGCACACAAGUGUAUCACGAAUUGAAUCUCUACUCAGAAACUGUAAACCCUAGCUCCUCUGCUGUUUUGAUCAGUGCACUCGUUCUGUGACCACUCAGUUGCACUUAAUCAACAGAGAUGAUGAUGCGCAGUGGACCAGUAUGUACACAUUCAGACAUUGAUCGCGGGCUCUGAUACCAUGUUGAGGAUCAACAAUGAUGAUCAAUGGAGCAGAGUUUAGCUCAGAGAAGAAGAGAAGAAGAAGAAGAAUGAAUAUGAACCCACUUUAUUUUAUCACAAUGAUCCAACCUUCACACACUAUUUACACCUCUAUUUAUAGAGGGACCUAUCAUUCAAGCUAACUAACUCAUCUAAUUAAGUUACCUAACUAACCAACUAGACUACACGUGCGUUGCACUGUACAUUGUAACAAACUUGCACCAACAGUGUAACUAACUUGUGUAACUAACUCUUUCACUAAUAGUGUUGAACAUGUAGGUCAAAUCAACAUCGAGGUGUGUUUUAAUACAACGGGAGUGAUAGUUGAGGUAUGCAACUCGCGAAAAGGUAAAUAGAACGAUGGAUAGAUGAAGUAUGAAACUCGUGAAUAGGCGAUUGUUUAGGCUUUUUUUUUUACCAUCAACUCUGGGUUUUAUUUACUUAAGAAUUAUAUAGGGUGGAGGUAUUUCCUCACAUCUAUAUGCACCUUUGGUGAAGUAUUGUUACAGAGUUGAACUUGCAAGACCUUAGAUCUUAGUAAAUUUUUAGUUAAACAACAACAACGACGACAAGUAUUCUUCAGGUGCCAAACAAGUUGAAGUCGGCCAUAUGAAUCCUCACUAUUCCUUCUAAGGUCAACUCGGGUCACCAUCACACCUAAUAAAAA